CUGCCUUCAACAGGCUCAGCGCUCGAAACAGCUGGCGAGGUUUUGCGUCAAACUAGCAGCUACGACCCGCACCGCUGUUUGCAUGUUGGUGUAUUGUUAAAGCGUAAAAAGUGGAAAGGGAAGGCGAGAGGUGUUCGUCUCCUAAUCCUCUUAGUAGCAUUAUGCUGAGCCUAGCUGAAGCCCUGACAUGCGGUGCGCCCUUGUAACCCCCCAAAACCGGAGUCAGCUUCUUUGCGUCCAUUACGCACAGCUGGAGGGACUGUCCGCAGCGCAGAGGGGCUGAGCGGCCGGAGGUACAGGUUGAAACUGCCCACUGUAAAAGAUGAAACACAGUAUGUACGUGCGUGUUUUCCCUCUGUCAGCGGUGUCUUCUCGCCACAUCACAGUGCUGGACCUACCAAGGAAUAGCAAUGCACCUGACAUAGCUUCCUGUUUGGAGUCGAGACCACGGGGACAAUGAAUGUGCAUUCACCUUUGAGGAGGAGACUCAGGCGCAGUCGCAUCCUCCUCUUCCUUUCAGGUGUGCUGCUGUGUCUUGUCUACACUCUGACUGAGAAGGCCAGGCUGUCACAGCCAGGAGCCUCCUUGCACACUGAUGAGGCUCUCGGAGUAGAUGAGGGUGAUGACGAUGUCCUGGAGAUCAACAUUAGAGAGGUGAUGGCAUCCAAUAAGACAGAGGAGCAGGCUGUCUCACCUGAGAGUACCAAACCUCCUCUGGUGAUUAUGGUCAACAGGACAGAUAUUGAACAGUGUAUCUAUGUAGAUCCUCAGCCUAGCAAACCUCUUCCAACUCCACCACCACUAACCACCACAGCUCUCCCUCGUCCCCCACUCCAGCCCCCUCACAGGAAGGGCGAUUACCCUGAGGAUAUCUUCUCUGUGGAGCAGCGGCGACAAGGCUGGGUGGUCCUGCAUGUUAUCGGCAUGACUUACAUGUUUGUUGCCCUGGCCAUUGUCUGUGAUGAGUUCUUUGUUCCUGCACUGGAGGUCAUCACGACCAAGCUAGAAAUCUCUGACGACGUGGCUGGGGCCACCUUCAUGGCAGCGGGAGGCUCUGCCCCUGAGCUUUUCACCUCCCUGAUUGGUGUCUUCAUCUCCCACAGCAACGUGGGCAUCGGCACCAUUGUGGGCUCAGCUGUCUUCAACAUCCUGUUUGUGAUUGGCAUGUGUGCCAUCUUCUCCCGAGACGUGACCUUCUACAUCCUGGACCUCACCAUGCUCAUCGUCUUCUUCCUGGACAACAUGAUCCUGUGGUGGGAGAGCAUCUCUCUGGUUCUGGGCUACAUCAGCUACGUGAGCUUCAUGAAGUUUAACAGUCCGAUUGAGCAGAAGGUCAAGACCCAACUCAACAAGCACAUGAGCACUGUCAAGGUGUGGACCACAGAGGAGCCGGAGAAGGAGAAUGAAGCUCUCCCACCUCCUCCUCCUCCUCCUGCUGCGCCUCCUGCUGCUCCUCCUACUGCACCUCCUGUACCAAAAGCUGAGGAGAAGUCCAAACUGGAGGAUGAAUCACUUCCAAGCAUCCCUCAGUGCAACAAACUGCCAUCAGACCCACAAGAGGACAAGGCAAGACUCAGGGUGCGUCCUGCCCUGCAACGAGGUGGCAGCUUGGCCUCCCUCCACAACACAUCUCUGCGGAGCACCAUCUUCCAGCUGAUGAUUCACACACUGGAUCCUCUGGGAGAAGAGGCAGCCCUUACAGGGGCACUUAAAAUCACUGGUCCAAGAAAAGUCAGACAAGAGUUGUCCUUUAAUGGGGACGUCAGAGUGGAAGGGUCUGGGCAGAAGAAAGCAAAGAACAAAAUUAAACCUCUGAACAUCCCGGUCACGGGCAAGUCACAGCAAUGCCACUCUGAAGAUGCUGCCAGUCCCCCAGGGGGCGGUGCAGCAGAGCCGUCCACCUCGCAGCCUCCAAGGACAGAAGAGAUGACUGAGAAGACAUCAGACCAGCCAGAUGAGUCAGAGCUAGCAGCAGCAACGGCCGGGGGCUCAGGGGGCAGUGUUGAGGGCAAGAGCAGUGACCGCACUGAGAGUGAGAAAGAGGAGGAAAAUGAGCCACUGUCUUUAGCGUGGCCAGUAACCAGGCGCAAGCAGGCCACCUAUCUGUUCCUGCUGCCCAUCGUGUUCCCGCUGUGGCUCACGCUGCCUGAUGUUCGCAGCCUGGCAUCCAGGAAAUAUUUUGCUCUCACGUUUAUUGGCUCCAUCCUGUGGAUCGGCGUGUUCUCCUACCUGAUGGUGUGGUGGGCUCACCAGGUGGGUGAGACUGUGGGCCUGUCGGAGGAAAUCAUGGGCCUGACCAUUCUGGCGGCCGGGACAUCCAUCCCUGACCUCAUCACCAGUGUGAUUGUGGCCCGGAAAGGUCUGGGGGACAUGGCUGUGUCGAGCUCAGUGGGCAGUAAUAUCUUUGACAUCACUGUGGGUUUGCCGGUCCCAUGGCUCAUGUACACUCUGGUCCACAAUGGCGAGCCAGUAGCUGUCAGCUCCAACGGCUUGUUCUGCACCAUUGUGCUGCUCUUUCUCAUGCUUCUUUUUGUCAUUAUCUCCAUCGCCACCUGUCGCUGGAAGAUGAGCCGAAUGUUGGGUCUCACCAUGUUCGUACUGUACUUUGUGUUCCUCGUCCUCAGCGUCUUGCUGGAGCUUCGUAUCUUCGUCUGUCCCGUUUCAAUCUAAGCUGUCAGGAUGAGGUGGAAAGCACUUGGCACUGCUGCAUGACUUACUGUAUUGAGGACAGGAGCAAUACUGUAUGUAAGAUAUGUUAGGUAUUACCAGACGUAAUGUAAAAAGGCUGACCUGGCACACAGUAGACACAUGGUAGAAAUCACAUAAUGAGCAGUGCUACAGUGCCUUGCGAAAGUAUUCGGCCCCCUUGAACUUUGCGACCU